GGAAGUAACAUAUUCGCUUCCUGUUCGAUGACCUAACAAUGUUUAAGCUUGAAACAUAAUGGAACGGUAAAUGUAUGGAAAAAAGACAAACAGGGCUGACAAAAACAGUAGGUCACAAUGUGAAUUGAUGAUUUGGAUUGUUGUUUAAAUCAACUAGGAAGCAAAAUGGACAGUUUAAUACUGCUAUUUUGUGUUGAAAUAUAAACAACAUGGCCGCCGCGAUGGCGACAUUUCUUUGAAAUUAAUAUUUUCAUGGUAACGAUUCAUGAUUUAUUUGUGAAUGGAUAAGAGCACAAAACAAAUGUAUCUUCAAAUUGCAUUAUUUAUAACUGCAUCGUUGGAAUUGUUUGUAUUUGUAAAAUCGUUCAACAAUGGAAGCGGUCGAGAAAGUUACCGAAUCUCAGCCUGUUCAGGAACCAACAAGUAAAAAUGGGUCAACGGAGAAAAGCGAGAAAGAGCCUAAUUUGGAGAUAAAGACGCUCCAAGAAAGUAAAUCACAGGAAAAUGGUGCACAUUUGAUUAAUGCAAAAUCACCAAGAUGUGAUAUUAUUAAUGAAGUUAAAAUGGAGGUUACUGGUUCCUCGGCAGAUUCAUCUGCUGUGGAAACUGUGGACAAACCAAGAGCACACCAGAACGGUCCCACAGAGAAAGCGAAACACAGGGACUUAACUCCCCACACUGAAAACCCACCAAAAACUGAAAUACAGGUAACACAGUCAGAAAAAUGUGUCUCUAAAACUAAAAGUGAAGUUCAGCCAGUGAAAAGUGAAAGCUCAAAUUUAGUGUCUUCUAACAAUGGAAAUGUGGCAACAUGUGGACCUUUUAUGAGUAGCAUUGAUGCUGUUAUAAACUCUGUUGCUCAUAAUAUACCACCUGAUGAACCUAGUGAACUUGAUACAAAUGAAAGUGCUAAAACUACUGUAAGUGAUUCCCAUACUGUGCAAAAUUAUGAUCAUCAAACUCACUACAUGCAUCAGACAAAUCCGAAACAAACACAUGUUCCACAAACAAACUAUGGUGCACGGACAGUGAAUCAACCAUACAACCCACAAAUGUUCCCACAUUUAAAGGGUCAAACAAUACCAACCAGUGCAAACUAUGGGGUAUCUAACAACCCCCUUCUUGCUAGUGCUUCUGAACAGCUAAGUAGUUUAGUAAAAUCUCAUGUUAUGGAUUCUGGUGAACAUGCACCAAAUGAUCAACAGUUGUCAGGGCAUCAUCCAGGAAUCAGACCUGAGAUACAUCCAAAUGCUCCACCUCCUACAUCAAUGUAUAAUCACCAACCAAUGUACAGACCAAUGUAUGACCCCAACAGUGGCAUGCCAAUGCAUCCACCAGGCCCAGGGAGCAUGCAUCAGCAGGGGGCACCUGCUGCUCAUGUAAGGCCACACAAUGAAAUCCCAAGUAGCCAAGACACCAAACAGCCAAGAAUUCCACAGAAAGGAGGAGCAAGGAGGCAACAGAGGCCAAGUCAGGCUCAGCAAGAAUUACCCCAGGUAAUGAGGCCGAGGAUGCCUGAUCAGUUCAACAGGGGUAUGCGUCCCAUGCAAAUGUUUGAUCCUAGAUUGAUGUCAACUUAUUUUAGCCCUGAGAACAUCAGGAUGCUGCAAAUGCGUUACCCUGAUCCUCGCAUGAUGCCUCCACAAUUACUACAACAAAUGCAAGUAUUUGCUAGAAUGCAUCAAGCACAGCAGGCACAACAGCAGCAACAACAGCAGGCAGUCAGAGGUGCACAUCCUCCAUCCCAACCAACAAGUGUGUCUGUGACACCUGGGUUACCACAACAUCCUCAAGGCAUACCUCCCCAGUCUCAAGCCAGUACAAUACCUAGUCAACAGAUGAGUGUUGAAGGCUCUCAACCAGCUAAUUCAAAUGCAGUGAAAAACCCUCAUCAUUCAGUUCCUCCUCAUCCAGGACAACCCUACCCACAUGGUCCAUUGUCUCAGCAUCCACUUGAUUCUGGUAAACAGGGGCUAAAUUCUCAAGCUCAAGAAGCCCCUGUUUCACGCAGCCAUUUAGUGGACAUAAAUUCAACUGUUACAAAUGGUACAGAGAUUCAGAACCAGUCAGGCGUACAAACUGCACUAGCAUCAACCUCUGCCCCUCACUUACCAAGUGAUGCCCUGAAUCGCCCUUCCUCUGCUGGAAGACCCCCAUCAGGUGGAAGACCCCCAUCUGCUGGGAGGCCACCCUCAGUAGGAAGACCAUCAUCAGCCAAUCGACCUCCUUCAGUGGGACGGCCUACAUCAACAGAGCCACCCUUAAAUCAGCCCCCAUCUGUUGGUCGUCCUUCAUCAAGUAAUAGUCGUCCACCAUCUGCUGACCUAUCAAGUAGACCUCCAUCAGUGGGUCAAAGUCCAUCCACUCCACAAUCAGAGGCUUCACUAGGAACCACUGUAUCCUCAGCUAGCUUUGUUCAAGAACCAGCAUUUUCUACUUCAGAUAAAAUCUCACUUCCUUCAACCAGUACAACACAACCCUUCCAAUCGGAAUCCUCAGUCAGUAUGCAGUCACUAACAACCUCAUCUAGUCAACCAUCACUUGCAGGGUCAAGUGCAGUCACACAAACACCUUAUACUGAGGAAACCUCUCGAGAGGGAGCCUCAGAGGGGGAGCAGCAGAAAACUACACAGAAGCGAUUAGCUGCACCUCCCCACUCUUCCACCACAUCAUCUGCUGCUCCUAGCAUGCCUCCUCCUUUUGGACCUCCCACGUCUAUGGCAACUUUACCACAGGGUUAUGUGCAGACCCCAUUUGGCAUGCUUCCUCACCACUCUCCCGGAAUGACCCAAGGAGGUGUGCCUUUCUCAGGGAUGGGUGGACAUAGAAUGAUGCCUCCACAUAUGCGGAUGCCUGGAUUUCCAGGUCAAGGGUUCCCAAUGCCACCCCACAUGCAGAGACUGCCCCCUCCCCAUGGAGGACCACUGUCUCCAAACUCUAUGCAAGCCAUGGCUUCUUUAGCUCAAAGAAUGCAGGGUCCACCUGUCAGUGGUCAGAACGUCAGACCAGGGAUGCCCCCUGGCCAGCCUGGGAUGGGACCACGUGGCAUAAAUCCAGCAGUGCCUCCAGCUUCCAUGGAUGGAGCUCAGGCAUACGAGUUUUACAGAAUGCCAUUUGCUAUGGGUCCCCAACAGAGACCCCCAAGUGGCCCAACCGCUGAACAUCCCCCCAGAGGACCCAGACCUAAAGGGCCACGUCCACCUCGUCCUCCACCACAUCAGAUGCAUCUUAAUAUGCCACAUAACUCAGAGCAUAGUAUGGUCUCCCCAGGCCAAGGAAUGAUGCCAGGUCAACACAGCAGUCUGCCUCCUGAUCCUAGCAUGCCAAGUGUACAUUCCCAGGUCCGUCCUCCAAGUAUAGGUAUCGGACCACAGCCAUCCCAUCAUGACAGCUCUACACCUAGUCCCAAAGUAUCAGCAACACCUCCAGCCAAUGUAGAUCCAGCCCUUUUGGAUGAAAUGAUUCAAAAUACUCAAGUUAAACAAGAACCGACAGAUUCUUGUAUGAAAACAGAAAUGACCCAAGAGGAGAAAAAUGCAUUACUGAAACAACUUCUUGGAAAGAAAGGACAAGGAGGUUUACCUGAGGAAUCAGAGGAUGGAGUUGCCUUAACCCCAGAACAGAGGAAACAGUUGGAGCUUAUAGAAAACAUGCCACUAGUGAUGGAGCAAGAGGCCAAGACACCUGAGGAAAAGGAACGAUUGUUAGAACUGAAAAAGCAAGCUUAUGAACAGAGGAGAAAAGAAUAUGAACUUCUACGAAAGCAGAAACGCAAGCAGCAAAAUGCAGAAAACAAGAAGAGGAAGAGAAAAGAGAAGGAAGCUGAGGAAGCAGCUAUGAGGAUGGAUCCUAAUCAACCAGUGCCCCCGGCAAAGAAGCGACCCCGUAAAAAGAAGGGAGAGUCCUUGGAGGAAGAUCUGGAUGCCAAAGCAAACCAUUUCCUGCAAAUGCUUGGGACACUUCCACCUGUAGCACUGCAGGAACCAAAAGUGGGGAAUUUCUUCUCUGUCUUACAAGUUCCUGGAAGUCCAAAUGUUCUCACAGGGGAUAACUGUUUGAAAGGGAAUUUUGGAAAUAGUUAUCUUGAGGGUGUGGCUGACUUUUAUGGAAAUACCCUGUUGCAUGGAUUACCUCCCCUUGGAUCCUUUGUCAGGAUGCCCAAACCUCGGGAUAUAGAGUCCAGAAGACAAUUCAUUAGAGCUGGUCAGGACGAGAGUGGCCAAGGAUCCAAUGCUGAUCAACAGCGAUACCAGCUGACUCCUGACAGAUUCCCUGUAUCGGGUCCCCCAUUAGGACUGCCUGGUCUGCCACCUUUCUUCGGCAGGGGAGAGAAGCCUCCUGUGCCAUCUCUACCCUCUUCACCACGAAUAGAACCAAGAUUGGAGUAUUUAAAGGGAGGUGACAGCCCCUGUACAGUGAUAUCUUCCUCCUCUCCGGAGCACGAAUUUGGUGAACUAGAUGAAGAAUUCCCCAUGUUGAAACCCAUAGAGCCCCCCUCAGCUGCUGAUGACAGGUCUUCCCCAUUGGUCCCUAUCUUACAACCAGUCGCAAUUAAAUCUGUGCCAUCAAAGCCCAAAGAAGAGCCAUCAACAGAGCCCAAGUCUGAACCUAUAGAUAAACCCAAAGCUGUCACUGAUUCUGAUAUAGCAGAGAGGAAACUGACCCUAACUGAAAAGCAUGAGAAUGGCAAACUGCCACCUAACCUAUCAGCUUUAACUAGACCUUUCCAGAAUGCAAAUCUGAAUCAAGACAUUUCUGUAACUCUGACUCUGUCAGCCAAUGCUGCUGAUGACAUUGGGGGAGUUUUGUCUCAGAUUGCAGAGCUGUUGAAAAUUGCAGUUCCACCUUCUUAUGAAGUGGGCAGUCGAAGUCCCUCCCCAGAGCAGGGAAAAAUCAAUUCAAAACACUUGGAAGACAAAGUUAAUGUUCAGCAUCUCAUCAAAACCAAGGCCAAGUUUUGUAGACUAUGUGACUCCUAUGUUUACGACUCAGGAUUUAGAAAGCGAAAGUGUGAUAUACCAUUCCUGGCAAAAGAAGACUACUUCAGUAUCAAGGACUUUGAUGAUGAAGAAGUGACAUUUUGUACAGAGAAAUGCUACACUAAGUUUGCCACUGUUUAUCAGGAGAUAAACAAGCCUCCUCCAGAGGAUCCAUUAAGAAGCUUCACUCUCUCAAAGCAUCACUCCUCAGACUUCAGUCCCAGAAGCAUGGGUAGUCACACUCCCACCACCCCCACAAAGAGUGACUCCACCCUCACCCUCACCCCCACCACACCUAACUCUGCAGGAGCAUUGACCCCAGUCCAGCCAAGUCCCCCCAUUAGGUCACGACUAGAGGAUAAGUUCGGCAAAAAGCAUCGUCGGACUGCCAGCAUGGAUGCUCAGCCUCCAAAGCCUUUGGUGAAGAAGCACAAGAAUGUGAGGUACAGACGCUGGGAUCCUUCAUUUACAGAUUCACUUCCCCAUGAACCAGGGGUCCCAGAUAAAGAAAUACAAAAUCUAUGGAAAGCCCUGGGAACAAUCAUUGUGCCAAAAUCUUUGCCUGAAGACACCAGGAAGUGUGUUUUCUGUCAGCAGCAAGGAGAUGGAGAGACUGAUGGGCCUGGCAGAUUGCUGAAUAUGGACAUUGAUAACUAUGCCCAUCUAAACUGUGCUCUGUGGUCCUCAGAGGUGUAUGAGACUUUGAAUGGCGCCUUAAUGAAUGUUGAUAUGGCUUACAAGCGUGGGCUAAAAAUAGAAUGUACUGCCUGUGGCAUCAAAGGGGCCACUGUGGGUUGCUUUAACAAUCGUUGUCCAAAGUAUUAUCAUCUUGGUUGUGCUAAAAAAGUGGGAUGCAUGUUUUUUCAAGAUAAGACAAUCCUGUGUCCUUCCCAUGCAGCUAAACAAGGAGCUGAAAAUGUCCUGGAGUCUUUGUCAGUCUUUAGAAGAGUCUACAUCAAUAGGAGCGAGGAUAAACAAGUGGCAAAUAUGGUGCAUGGACAAGAGGAGGGACAGUAUAUCCUUAGGAUUGGAUCCCUGACAUUACACAGUGUGGGUCAACUCCUACCUCAUCAAUUGCAGACAGGAAAAUUCCACACCAGGGACUGCAUUUAUCCUGUGGGGUUUAAAUCUAGUCGAUAUUAUUGGAGCAUGAAGCGAUUAUACAAGAGAUGUAGGUAUGUGUGCAGCAUUGUGGAGAGUGAUGGUCACCCUGGAUUUGUGAUCAGAAUUGUUGAACCUGGGCAGGAAGAUGUGAUCCUCCAAGAUGUGUCACCUAAAGCUGUAUGGAACAAAAUUCUGGAGCCAUUAGAUAAACUCAGGCGGAAUGCAGAUCUGGUGAAAAUUUUCCCAUCGUUUACUAGUGGGGAGGAAUUGUUUGGUCUGACAGAGCAGGCUAUUGUCAGAGUGGUUGAAUCGCUUCCUGGAACAGAUCUGCUCACAAAUUAUAAUUUUAAGUUUCCACGCUCCCUGAGAAUUGAAAUGCCUCUGACUAUCAACCCCACUGGUUGUGCUCGCACAGAGCCAAAACUGAGGACUCAUUUCAGAAAGCCCCACACCCUUCAGUCGGCCAACACCUCACGGUCCCUCCCUCAGACUGUGACUGGGGUCUCCGGAGACAUUAACUCCCCGUACAUGAAGCAGUUUGUUCACUCCAAGUCUGCACAAUACAGGAAAUUAAAGACGGAGUGGAGGACAAAUGUUUAUCUUGGCCGAUCCAGAAUUCAGGGUCUGGGUUUAUUUGCUGCUCAUGACUUGGAGAAGCACACGAUGGUGAUAGAAUAUAUAGGGUAUCUCAUCAGGAACGAGGUGGCCAACAGGAAAGAGAUAUCAUACGAGGAGCAGAAUCGUGGUGUGUACAUGUUCCGUAUUGACAAUGACACAGUUGUGGAUGCUACAAUGGCGGGAGGUCCCGCUCGCUACAUCAAUCACUCCUGUAACCCAAACUGUGUGGCAGAGGUUGUACCAUUUGAUAAAGAGAGCAAAAUUAUCAUCAUCACCAACAGACGAAUCCCAACAGGGGAAGAGCUGACUUACGAUUACAAGUUUGACUUUGAGGAUGAGCAGCACAAGAUCCCAUGUUGUUGUGGAGCUCCUAACUGUAGGAAGUGGAUGAAUUGAAGCUUCCAUGGGUGUAUUAAGUGCUGUGAUUCCAAAUACUCUGUCAACUUAAAAACCCUAGGUCAGGUAGAAUCUGUCACUCUCUGAAGUGAGACAGGGUCCUGUGACAGAGAAGUGAGUGGUUGUCUGUGUAUAGGAUAGAUAUUACUAUUGGCGCAAGAACUAUAGGCUAGGAUUGCCAUGUACAACAAAUAAGGAGACCCAGUGUGAUAUGAAUAAUCUUACUGAUGUUCUGUGAUGAAUUUGUAGUCAGUCCCCCUGAAUGGGACUCUAGUGAUUUUGCAGAGAUUGGUUGGACUCCACGGGAGACCUGCAGAACUAUUUGUGGAUUUUGAUAAGUGUGUUGUGUGGAAUGUGUAUAUUAUUUAUACAUAUUGCUGGAAAAUUGAGGUGUUCCUCAAGUGUGUGUGAUAUUUUUUUUCACUGGAAUGUUGAAGAGUGCAAUUGAUUUUAUAUAAAUAUAUAUAUAAUAUUAUUCAUCAAAUUAAAUCAGAUUUGUUUUGUAAGAUGCUAAUAGUAUUAUAAAUUUGUACAAAUGAAUAUUCCAAUAUCCCUUAUGCAAGUUGUGUAAACAAAACUGAUUGAUUACCAAACAGCUUUUUUAAUCCUUUGAUGUGGUUUCACUUUGAUUCAUGUUAGUGAUAUGUUGUUUAGAUUUGUGAAAUAUCUCUCUCAUGUUACAAGACUCAGUUUUUUUUAAUGCUUAGUAUUAACCAAGCAUAAUAAAGAAUGGGUCAGUGUGAAUCAAAAAUCAGUCAACAGAAAUGAAUGUUUCAGUCUGUCAGAUAACGCACAUGAUAUGUAGAACAAUAAUGGAAAUCACUGUACAAAUUUGAAGCACGGUUAGGCAUUGGAAUUUGGAUUGUACUGUACUUUGUAAUUUUUUAGCACAUUUAGGUAUGGAGACUGAUUUUGGAUCGUACUGUAAUUAUGGACUACCUCAGGAAGUUGACAUUUUGUAUAAUACAUCAUAAUGGAAAUCCCAAACUUCAGAAAGUGCUGUUUUGCCUGUGUUUAUCUUCAUCUGUAUAAAUUCAUCCAAUUUCUUUGUGAGUUAUGGCUGCUGGAGUCAUAUGCUGACAAGAAUUUAAUAACAGGAGAGUGUUCUAAUCACAGCUCUGCAUUCCACGAGGAGUGAUACAUCGGUCAGGCUACUCUUACUGGAUAUUCUUCUGUGGUCAGUGUCGAAACGUUGUGUGUUAGUGACGACGUAUGUGGCCUUCUAACGAUCUCACCAGCACUAGGCAGCAUGGCUGUUAUAUGUAAAUUGUAUGUAAAUUUAGUGUAUCAACAUGUGAAUUAAUAAUUGUAAGGAUAUAAAUUAAAUCAUGCAUAUAUUAUUUCAAAACCAAUAUUCAGUACUAUUUUGUGUUGAUUAUUGAUCAGUUACUCAAUUCAUUUCCCAAUUAUAUACAUAUACAAGUAUAUAUACAGCCAUCAUAUUUGCAUAUUUAAUAGAAUAAAAAGUAGUUGACAAUUAUAUAUUAGCUUUUCCUUGUGUACAUUUGUGAUCUUUGAUAGACUUUUCACCUAUGGUCUUGUUGAGUAAUUUAACUGUGGCUCUUUUUUUUAUUACUUAUACAUCAUGUUUUCUUCAUAUACCAAUGUUUUCUUCCCUAGUUGGUUUUGUUUUAGCCUUUGUUGAUUUGUGUAGAAGUUCUGUAGAAUUUGUAGUGGACAGCUUGACCGCUGAUCUUUAUUUUUUUUUUUUUGUCCAGCUGCAGCAUAGCCCUUCACUUCUGACUUAAUCUCUAUAUCAUUGUAUUCAUCCUCAACAACAAACCAAGAGAGGUCGACCACACAGAUCUGAAUGGUAGUUUAUUUAUGGUUAAAGGGAUUUCCCAAGAUAUUUUUAGUCACUGUUUGGCAAAUUCAUUGAAAAAUCAUCUUAUUUGAAGGCUUUUUUAACUUUAUUGAUAAUGAGACAAUUUACAGUUGAACUUUGGUAUCUCGAACACAGAUAUCUCAAAUACCAUGGAUAUGCUGAAAUGACUGGGAAGUCUUUACCACAUAUUUCUAAAUAUUUUACUCUUGAUAUCUGGAACCCUCGGAUAUCUCAAAAGUUUUUUUUCCUGGUCCCAUCGAGUUCGAGAUAACGAGGUUUGACUGUAAUUCCAUGGAUUCUUAUUUAAAUGAUAUUUGCAAAUAAAUUUAUCUGUAUUAAUAAAAGAAACGGUGAUUGUACAUUUUUGGCUUGAUGUGUUUGUCUGUCUGUGUUUGUUGUUACUGGUCAGAGAUUAUAUUGUACAGAUUUUUUUUUUUGUCGUAGUGUACUGUCUUAUCUAUACAGAGUAGUCUAUCUUGUUAUAUUUGUUAUACAUAGAUUAUAUAGAUGUGUUAAUUAACAGAUUGGCUAACAUCUACAAAUUCCCACAUCAAAUUGAUCGGUACUAUCUAAAUAAAAGAAAAUCAGUCCUAGAUAUGUGAUGAAUUACCUUUACAAUUAUUUUAACUUCUGUCAUGUACAGUAUGCAUUUUGCAGAAAAUAAGGUAUAACUAGAGCAAAUAGAUUUUCAAUUUAUGAUUUUACAUAUUUAUUACUCUUUCUGAAGGAGAAAAUUUUAGGACAUUCAGUCUUGUAUGUGUCAUUUUCUUCAUGUUUUCAGGCUACACUGUUUUACCUUAGAUGUUUAUUAAUGCUAAGUUUGUUAGAUGAAGGCUGCUGUAUUGUUUUAUUUAUAUAUUACCAUUCAUUUCUCACAUUCUGUAUGUACAUUUAUUCAUCACUCUCCAUGUAGACCUGGGAAGAGGAAGGGGAGACAACUUAUGUCGUUUCGUCUGAUUUAAUCUAUACAGCAAUAAUACAAGUUUUAUACGGGAAGAAUGACACAUGUUUUGUGCAAAUAUAGAAUUGUCAUGAAGGCUU